GCUGCAGGGGUGAGGAAGGAAGGAGACCAGGAAAGAAGAUACAGGCUAUGUCAUGUGGGAGGCAGACGUGCAGUAUGGACGAGCCAGCUCAUAUCAGAGGAGAGGUAUGAAUAGGCAGCUGUUGUGAACACCCCAUGUGCCUGUUUGUCCUCUGCUUACACAGCCUGUGUGCGGCCACACUAUCUCUGGCCUGUCGGGCUAGUAAGGUAGAAAAUACUUACACCACAAAAAUACACUGACAGUGAUACCAGCAGCAGGAAUCAAGCAACAAACAAGCCAGCAGGCAGACAAAGAAAAAGUAAAUGGUCUCUCCCUCGCUCUCUUUCUUUCUCCCUUUAUUUUGAUCCAUCCAGUCUUUUCUCUCUUCUUUAUAACUCUCUCUCUCUCGCUCUGUCCCUGUGAUGUGCUGAGGUGAGGUCAUGUCCCAAUCUGGAAAAGUCCUUCAUCUGUAUGUGGAGGUAAGGUCGGCCCCAGAGCGUGAUGGGAAGGUGGACUCCGGAGAGGGCACUGGGAGUGAGUCAGCCUCAGCACCAUUGAAGGACGGAGCUGCAGAGCUUCUGUCUCAGCUCUCCUGCCAGACCACUUGCCAGACUCCCAUCAACACUCCUCAGCACCUGGCCCAGGACUCCACUCACUCCCAGUCUCCCUCCAGACACACAGUGAGCUUUCAGCUCCGCCAAGGCAACGGCACUCCAUCUCCCAGCAUCCCUAAGCGGCAGAGUUCCACGUGUGAGGGCAACUCUGUCACCAAUUCGCCAGCAUCUUCCGGGAAGGUCACUGCCCUUCACGCACCUACCAGUGGCAAGGAGGAUGGAAAGCGUUCUGUGGUCACCUUCAGCUACAUUGAGAAGGCCAACGUGAGGAAAGUGGAAAGCCCUCGGAGCGCAAUAUGCCAGAGGGGGUCUAGAGAGGAGCGGUCCACCCCCUCCCACCUGCAUAAGAGGUUCAGUGAUCCUGUGUGGUUUGGGAGCCCUGACUCCUCGUGCAAUUCUAGUCCUAAGCUGGCCUUCCGCCAGCAGGGGUCCCCCAGCUUCCGCCGCCCCUCGCUGGAUCCCAUCGGCAGGGCCGCCACCCAGAGGGCCCUGAUGGAGUUUGGUUCCCCCCUGCUUAGGAGCAAGAUUGCCCACGGGCUUCCAUCCUGCCAGGACCAGCAGACUCGCUGUCAGUCCUGGGGUGGUUCACCUGUUCAACGCAAGAGCAACACCUGCAGGUUCCCAAAUAAUCAUGCGGAUACAGAGAGGAACAGGGCCAAUUGCGGCCUACCCAGGAGCCCAGCCUCUGAUCAGCUUUCCUCCCAUGCCAGGCAGUCUGCUCUGAGCAGAUCUCCUAAAUCUAGACCCAGGCCCUGUGUUGGACCCCAGAGCCCCCUUCACUGGCUAUGUCAGGACAGAGGAGUGGUAGGGAGUCCUGCCACUAAGAGACAUGUGCACAAACCAUGUAGCAGUAAUACUCCACCACAAGGUGCAAUACAUCAACUCGGCAAUACUCUUAUGGAAGGAAUGAACCAGCUAAGCGGCAGUAAACUGUCCUCCCCAGCUCAUAGCCCUGAGGUAGCCCGUAGGCUAGCAGAAGAGGCUACCAAAGUGUCCUCUAUUUUAUCUGAGGUAAGGAGAGCCUCAUUGCACAAUGCUUUAAGUGAACUGGAGAGCUCGAACUCUGGAAAUAUUUCUGGAAUCCAGGACAGUUCCUCCACAAACGCACAAAAACAGCAGCAGGCAGUUAAGAUGAACAUCCCUUUAAACAGCCAACACACGCCAGCAUCUGAAAACAGUGAUUCACACCAGCCUGCAAAGUCCCUAUCACUGUCACAUAACAUGAGUUCACCGACCAAUCACGAGGCACAUCAACAGGAGGGGCCGGCCCAGCAUCAAAACCCUAUCCUGCCAGAGACGGCCGGGUGUGGGUCCCCUGCCCUCCCCUCGCGCUUCUUACGCCCCUCUCACCCUCCUACUGAGAUCAGCUCCCCGAUGAGAGACCCCAGGCUACUAAGGGCAGAGCUUAGGCUCACAGACAGCCCCACCCUCCACCGCCACCAGCCUCCACAGUACACUGGAGACUGCUGGGCCCCCCGGGCGAACAGCAAGGGUGACCCGGACUGCUAUGACAGGGGUGACUGUGCAGAACUGGCCCGCAGGCUCUUCAUAGGUCAGAGCGUCGAGGAGGCUCCAGUCAGCUGGACCUCUAGGCAGGAGUGGGGCCACCUGGAGGCAGAGACCAGCCCUAACCCCAGUCCCAGCCCCGGCCCCGUGCAGGAACAGCAGGCCCUGAGCCCCAUGGCUCGGAAACGGGCGGAGCAGAGGAGGAGAGAGGUCCUGCUCCUAGGCCCUGUGGUGCUGGACUCUCCUGAGGAGGAUGAGGGCUGCGAUGGAGAUGUAGUGGAGGGCUAUGGGGUGGGGCAGCAGCCAGGCCUGCUGAGGGUGGAGGAGCCUCCAGAGGGGGACCAGAACGGGGCCAUGGGCUCCUCCUCCCGUAGCUCCAGUGGGGUGACAGGAAGCCUGGGGGACAGGGACUGUGUGUCUCCAGAGUCCAGCCAGUCCAGCCACCAGAGCAACGAAACCGGAGCAGCCACCUCAGGAAUACAGACAGACAGUGGCUCAGCAGUGCCAGGGCCCUCGCUCCACUCACAGAGAAUUGCCCGAGCGAAGUGGGAGUUCUUAUUUGGCACCCCGUCUGAAGAGAGGGCCAGCAGGGGAGAGAAAAAUACCCAGGAAGCCUCUACAGCUCCUCCCAGUGGCAACUCCAGUGAAUCUCCCACCCCGACUCCUCCCUCCUCCCUGCCCCUCAUCUCAGCCAAUCACCAUGUGCAGCACGUGGAGGUGGAGCUGGUGACUCCUCCCCCGGCGGCAGCAGGCACGUCGCCAAAGACGGGCAUCAUCCGGAGGACCCUCAAGUACUCGGAGACCGACCUGGACGCCGUGCCCCUUCGCUGCUACCGCGAGACGGACAUCGAUGAGGUGCUGUUGGCCGAGCAAGAGGAUGCCGACUCUGCGUUUGGGAGUAACCGUAGUGUUGUGGGCACCUCGGGCACGGACAGCAGCCCCCUCGGUGGCAUCUUCUAUGAGAGGACGGAGGGGGAGGAGAGGCCUGAAGGGGAGGAAGAGGAGGAGGAUGAGGACGAGGAGGAGGAGGUGGUGAGCUGGGCCAGUGUGAGGAUGCAGGGGGACUCCAGGAAGAGGAUGUAUGCUGGACUGGUGGAGCAGGAGGUGUUUAGCCAGCUACUGAGGAGACCCUUGGAUGAUGUCUUCGACACCCACACUGCCUUGAAGUCACCCAUCCUGGUGACAGGACCUCGCCGUACCUCUGAAGACUCCUUCAGCCGCCAUUUUGAGAGCAUCAUGGAGUCCCACCGCGCCAAAGGGACGUCCUACAACAGCCUGGACUGCGAGGAACUAUUGACCUCCAGCACUCAGACCGUCCUGACCUUUGACCUCCCCACGCUUACCCCAGAGAUCCAGGGUCAGAUCUGCCAGAGCGCCAGGCAGAUUGUCCAGCUCAGUUUUGCCCCCCUGGCCCACUGCGAGAGACCCAGCCUGUCUGACUCCAUCCUGACGGUGACGGGAGACUCGGACGCCACCCGCGCUCCCUCCAGUGAGAGACUGAGCAGCAGCUCGGAUGACACGCCCCAUCGAGGAGGCAGGGAAGGGGCACACCUGGGCCACAGCUGGCACAGCAACCCCUCCUUCUCCUUUCCCAGAGAGAAGGCCCGUCUGGCCACCGACUCUGAGCUGGACCAGGACCUCAGUGAGAGGCUGGGUCUGGGGAGCAGUGAAGCCCUCACCAACGGUACCCGUGCGGAUCUGGCGGCCGCCAAACGCCUCGCCAAACGUCUCUUCAACCUGGAUGGCUUCAAGAAAUCUGAUGUAGCUCGCCACCUCAGCAAGAAUAAUGACUUCAGUUGUAUGGUGGCAGAAGAGUACCUAAGCUUCUUCGAUUUUGUAGGACUAACUGUGGACCAGGCUUUAAGAUCCUUCCUGAAGCAGUUUGCCUUGAUGGGGGAGACUCAGGAGAGGGAGCGGGUGCUCUCUCACUUCUCCAGGAGGUACCUGAGCUGCAACCCCCAGGUCAUACCUUCUGAAGAUGCCGUUCACACCCUUACCUGUGCCCUGAUGCUACUAAACACAGACCUGCAUGGUCAUAACAUUGGCAAAAGGAUGUCUUGCACACAGUUCAUUGGAAACCUAGAGGGUCUGAAUUGUGGACAAGAUUUUCCGAAGGACCUGCUGAAGGCACUCUACAACUCAAUCAAGAACGAGAAGCUUCAAUGGACAAUUGACGAGGAGGAGCUGCGGAAGUCUUUCUCAGAGUUGGGGGACACUCUGGUGACAGAUUCCGCCGCCAGAGCCAUGAAGCGAGUGGGCAGUGAAGGGAAACCCCUGGUGGACUUGGCCCAACCCCCCGGUACCCUGCUCUACAAGAACGGCUUCCUGGUCCGCAAGGUUCAUGCUGACUCUGAUGGCAAGCGAACACCGCGAGGUAAGAGAGGAUGGAAGACCUUCUAUGCCAUCCUGAAGGGUCUCAUUCUCUACCUGCAGAAGGCGAAGUACCGACCAGACAAACAGUUGUCUGAUGACGACUUGAAAAACGCUGUGUCCAUCCACCACUCUCUGGCUAUGAGGGCAUCUGACUACAGCAAGAGGCCCAACGUCUUCUACCUGCGCACUGCAGACUGGAGGGUCUAUCUCUUCCAGGCACCAAACGCAGAGCAGAUGCAGUCCUGGAUCACUCGUAUUAACACGGUGGCGGCCAUGUUCUCCUCACCACCCUUCCCAGCAGCCAUUGGCUCUCAGAAAAAGUUCAGUCGGCCGUUGCUACCAGGAGGCACCUCCAAGAUGUCUCAGGAAGAGCAGGUCCAAUCACACGAGGCUAGGUUCCGUGCUAUUUCCACCGAGCUGUCUGAGUUGCGUUCGUACCCCCCUGACCGCAAGGUCAAAGGGCGUGAGCUGGAGGAGCACCGCCAGAGGGACGAGUAUCUGGAGUUUGAGAAAACACGCUACGGAACCUACGCCAUGCUACUGCGGGCUAAGAUCCGCUGUGGGGAAGAGGAUCUGUCUGUGUUUGAGUCUCAGAUCCUGGAGGACAACAGUCUUCAGCGUGCCCAUUCCAGCCCCACGCUGCAGGACAGCAGCCAGGCCAGCCAGGUGACCCAGGCCAGCCACGCCAGCCACACCAGCCAGGCCAGCAGUACCAAGGAUGGGGGCAACAGCAAGGCCAGCAGCAAGCGCACUGAGGGCCAGAGACACAGCUACCGUCAGGCCGUCAAGAAGUGAGGGGGCACGGGGGUGCCGGGAGCGGCGCGGCCAGCUGCAGGCUGUCUCCCUGCAUAGGUUUUUAUUUGAGAUCCAGGGGGGGUUUGGAGCCGAGCUCGAGGGGGGAAUGAGUGAGGGGUGUAACCACACCCUGUGGCGCCUAACCCGGCACCCCGGUCUCCUUGACCAAUAAGGGAGGUGCAGAUGCUGUGCCUGGCGUGAUCACUGGCAAAUGCCAGCAUGGGUGUUAGGAGUGGGUGGGAGGAGAGAGGGAAGAGCAGGGGGAGAGGUCACAGUGCUUGAGAGAUGAGGCGUUUGAGAGAAGCCUCGCUGGGUACAGUAGCGUACUGUGAGAAAUGCCAGGUUCUCUGAAGGAGCGGGCGCCAUCCAGGGACUUGCAUCCAGCAUCCUUUCCUUUUCUUCCUUCAGGGUACCUCUCCUACGAACCACUCCCACUUUUUCUUGACCUUUUACUCUGAUUUGGGACCAAACAUGUUUACACAUUUGAAAUCUUAAGUCUCAGAUGACUGUUCAUUUGAUUUAAGUCACACUACCGCCAAACUGGGUAAAGCGAAACACUGUAUUAGUACAGUAACAUAAAGUAGAUCCUAGUCUUAUUGCAUUGCAGUUCUCUUAUUUGCCUCAUCAUAAAGUUGUUAUCCACAUUACAUUAGGGAGCCUGACUGUAUGGCUAUUUGAAGCUCCUGAAAUUUGCUCUAUGAGGAUGAAGAUGGCAAAAAAAUUGCCUGUGAUGAAUUUGGCCAGUCUAUAGAGUAAUACACAUGUGGAUCAGAACUGCAAGUUUUGUAACAACCCUAAUGCAUCUCAGCCCAGGGAAAGGCAGGGGUGAGAGAGGUCAGGCAGACUCACACUCUGCCAUCUCUCUGCUUCGCUUUUCUCAAAGAGUUUCUAUCCUUUCUUUACUAACUGGGUAGUUGGAAGAGGAGGAGGAGGAUAUUUUCUUUAGGCUUACACGAUACUCACACGUGAGACAAAACACUACUGCACCGCCUUCGCAGCAAAAGGAACAUCGUCUUUUUGGCUCCUCCUCAACAGUUGUUUUUCUGAGCCUCCUCUUGCUUAAGCUUUUUUGUCUUGCGAUGAGCUUCUGUUCUUUCUUCUUGCCUGAUUGUUGUUUUCUCAAGUGAUCCGCAUGCUUGCAUCCAGCACAGCUAAGUUUGAAAAAUGUUCUUCUAUGGAAGAAAAGACAGCGGCAAGAUUUUAUGGUUUGUGUAGUCUUUUUUUGUCAUGCUGGUGUCCCGACCCCCACAUCCCCUCACCCCCAUGUAAUCUCUGCGUAUACCUACAGGCACUCAUUUAUAAGAUCUGUUUUAACACUCACCAGGCAGACCCUGAAUGUUCUUGUUUUUCAGUAUUUUUUUACAGUACUUUACAGCACUCACGCUCCUCUUGUGUAAUGUUAUAUACUGUAUGUCAAAGAGUAUAAUAUUAAGAAUAUAAAGAAAUAUGUUCAUUGUAAACAUAUGGGAUGUGUCUUUUAGUAACCUGCUACAUAUUAUGUGCUUAUAUUGUAUUAUACAUUAAAUGUAGUUUACAAUAUAUUCAAAAGAUUAUCAUGAACAUGCAUAUAUUAAGAAUAUAAAGUUGACAUUCCUUGUAUUUAACAGUUCUGAAGGCUUUGAGUGCUCAGUGAGAAAUUAAAUCUAUUGUGGGAAAGACCAGUAUCAAAAUCACUUAAUCAACUAGUAAUAGUUGAUCAUUUUUCACACCAGUGGGUUUAUUUAGUAUUUAGAGAUUCGUGUUAUUUUGCUGUUGUACUGUAAAACACAGGAUAUGGGGAACAAUUUGCUAUAGGUAUAGAUAUAAACAAUUAAGAUACAUGAAUAUGAUUUAAUCAUGACAUGCCUUCAGAAUGUCAAGUUUUUAAACUAUUAUGGGACGCAGCUGCAGGAUAGCCGCUGUCACCCCUGGUAACCAGAUCAGCUGUCACCCCUGGUAACCAGAUCAGCUGUAAUGCCAGCAAUGUACCAGCAGAGAGAGCUAAGGACAUUCAGUUGAUUUAGACAGAAUACUGCACCCUCGACUCCUAUCCUCCCCAGUACGUCCUUUGAGUGGGCUUUUCUCUCUAACAAAGCAUUCAUGCUGAGCUAUCAAUAGUCUAUAGUCAACAUCCACUCAAUGUGUGUGUGUGUGGGUGUGUGUGUGUGUGUGUGUGUGUGUGUGUGUGUGUGUGUGUGUGUGUGUGUGUGUGUGUGAGUGACAUCAUGUCCGUCAAGCUGUGGGGUACAUGAAUGUCAUUGUAUGCAUGCUGUGACCAGACUGACUUGUUGUUCUGCGAAGCCUAUUCAGAGAAUGUGGGAUGGGGAGGAUAUUCUCUGCACAUUUAUAUAAUAUGUGAAGUAGGAGCCAAACAUAUCCAGCUGUGCGUGUCUGUCGCCUGUCGUUAUCUCAAUGUUUGUCUUUUGUACAAUUUAGACCAGAUAAUUGUACAUCGUUUCUAACUAGCAUGGUGUACUUGCCUCUUGUCUUUCCUAUCUCUUUUUAUUUCUUUUUUUUCCCCUUCAUACUUCCUCUAUCCCUUCCCUCAAUCGAAUCUUCCUGAUCCUCUGCCACCAUUUUAACAUGAUCCUACUUUCCCCUUAACUCUUCAUUCAUUUUUCUCUGCCUUCAGCAUCAGUCAUUCUAAUGUUACCACUUUCCAAAUCAAUCAUUUGGACAGCUGCCUCCAUCAGUUAAAUGUUUAUGUAUAUUGUUCCUAUAAACUGAUGACAAAUCUUGGAUUGUUAUGUAACUUGAUGUUACGGCUGUGAUUCUGUUACUCUAUUGCUUGAUACUUGUAUUUAUUGAUAGUAUUUGACACUGUUGACAUAAUAUGGCCAAACUGUACAAGGGGUGCUCUCCUGAGAGAUGUUGGGACUGGAAAGUAAGACAGCGAGAUCCCUUAAAGCAAAGAGAAACAUUUGACAUUUUCAAAUUAAAGGAGUCGAUGAACGUUUAAAUAUCUAUCUCUUCAUAACUGGGGUCUAUGCACUGCAUGUCCUAUAUCCUGGUCACCAACCACGUGGAAGAGAGAGGCACGGCAGGUCUAUGAGUGUGCGUCAUGUGAUAAGGGGGCUCCGGAAAGCUCCACACACGCCUCCCUGCCACCUACACACCCCCUCUGACAUCACAAAACAGCUGCAGGAUCUCCAUGGCACUGGUUUGCAUGGAAACCGCUGGGUCCCUUGUAGUAGCUCUGUGAUGCUAAAAAGAAAGCCAUUAAGUGUUGUGUUCAACCCAUUCCCAGCCAGCACUUCUGAAUGUGACAUGUAUAUAAGCAUGAUAUAUAUGGUCUGCUUUCCUUUAUAUUAUGUUUAGUAAUUAAUGAAAGGUUUAAUAAGUAGAUCAAUAUUUGUCUUUGGGUCAUGACCAUAUUAUUAUUUUACUUUUUUAAUGAUCAAUCUGAAUGAAGGAAGUUGUGUCGUGGUAAAGGCUGUUUUUAAUGCUGAUGUGUUAUGGAAACCAUGCCAGCAGAUCACUCAAAACUGUGACAUACAGUACAGUAGGAGAUACAGCGUUCUGAGACUGCUGCAUAUGAGACACAUUUCAUUUUAGCUCUAUGUGUCAACAACCAGUAAAACUCACCUCUGUUUGGAGACAUUGUUUGUAUAUUAGCUUUUCUUUUUGGGAAGCAUAGAGGAAAAAUAAAAGUGUUUCAAAAGGU